GACAAGGUACCUCACGCAGAGGACAAGGUUGCUCACGCUGAGGACAAGGUACCUCACAGUGAGGACAAGGUUCCUCACGCUGAGGACAAGGUUCCUCACGCUGAGGACAAGGUUCCUCACGCUGAGGGCAAGGAUCCUGACGGUGAGGACAAGGUUCCUGAUGGUGAGCACAAGGUUCCUGACGGUGAGGACAAGGUUCCUGACGAUGAGGACAAGGUUCCUGACGGUGAGGACAAGGUUCCUCACGCUGAGGACAAGGUUCCUCACGCUGAGGACCAGGUUCCUGACGGUGAGGACAAGGUUCCUGACGGUGAGGACAAGGUUCCUGACGCUGAGGACAAGGUUCCUGACGCUGAGGACAAGGUUCCUGACGCUGAGGACAAGGUUCCUGACGCUGAGGACAAGGUUCCUGACGCUGAGGACACGCGCGGAGGUCGUCGUACAUGCUCGCCACUCAAACUUGUAAGUUAUGAUGUAGUUUUUAACUGGUAGGUAGAGAAGUGAGAAAACUUAAAGCGUAGAUACUGUACCAUGCAUUAAACAUACUCUUAAUAAACCUAUUAUUAUUAUAAUUUUUUAUUAGAAUCUCGUUUUCCUUGAAAUUGCUUUUUUAAUACACGUGAAUCGUGAAACGGCUUUUUUUUCGUUGUGAAACGUGAUCCAUACCCCACCUUUUCCACCCUCCAUAUAACUCCUUAAUUUUUUGGCAUGUGUAGGGAAUUGUUAUAUUUUGAAAGUGGCAAAAAUUAAAUAUAAAAUGAAGGCUAAUCUUAAAGAUGUUUAGCUAAUUUUUGCCCUAUUUUAAGAGUUUUGAAAAACUAGUCAAAAUUAGCAGUAACGUACAGGCUAUAACUCCUUAAUUAAACUCUUGGUUGUUUUUUACCCUUAUGCUAUGACCGUUUUCUGGCAACUUUUUCAUAUUUCGAAACAGUGGUCAAAAUAACCAAAAGUAAAAACGAUUAACCACCUUUUCACAUUUUAAAAAUGGAGUAAAAACGGGUAACGCUUUAAUAAGCUUUUUGAAGGAAACGUUAGGUUGUUUCUCCAUUACUUUUUUCCAUUUCCGCCACUUUUUUUCAUUUUUGGUAAAUGGCUAAAAGGUAAAGCUAAUAGCUAAAACCCCUUAACUUGCAGACCGUUUUAGGCAAAUUUUUAGAUUUAGAAAAAAAACAUUAACUAAAAAGUAAAGAGUAAUUACCCCUUACUGUUUUGGCCACUUUUAACUAUUUUGAAAACCGUCAAAAAUAGCUAGUAAUUAGGGCCAACCCGUUAUAGUUUGGGCAUUUAUUUGGCAAUUUUGCUUAAUUUUAAAAAAUGUGGUCAAAAUGACCAAGAGUGAAGCUAAUCCUUCAACCUUUUGUGGUCAAAACUAGCGUUUUUCAAAGGCUAACACUUUUAUAACUUUUCUCUACAGAAAGUGAAAGUGAAUCCUCAACUGACUUUUAAAAAUCGCCAUUAA